AAUUCUGUCAUUUCUAAAAUGGCUGAAGGUGGUGUUACGGACUCUUCUGCCCAAUCUGCAAUUUCUAAUGCCAACGCACUGCUAGAGAAUCAAAAGUCUGAGUUAAAGGAACUUUUGAAGAAGCCGCUGAAACGAGAUGAUAAAUGGUUUUUAUUGGAUACUAAAUGGUUUAAACAAUGGAAAAAGUAUGUUGGAUAUGAAAGUUGGGAUGCCUUUAAUGUUGGACAGUCUGAAGCCAAUCCAGGACCAGUGGAUAAUUCUCCAUUGGUUGAAGAAGGGAAGUUGAAAGAGCACCUCAUAGAUGAACUAGACUAUCAACUUGUUCCUGAAGAAGCGUGGAGUAAAAUUAUGUCUUGGUAUGGCAUGAUUGAAGGGCAGACACCAAUAGAAAGGAAAGUAAUAGAACAAGGAAUGUUUGUUAAACACUGUAAAGUAGAAGUCUACAUGCUGGAUGUCAAAAUGUGUGAAAAUUCUAAUUUGGAAAAAAUAAUCAACAAAUCUAUGAGUAGAGCUGAUACCAUUGAGGAUUUAGAAAAAGAAAUGAGAAAGACAUUUGAAAUUGCUGAAGACCAAGAAGUAAGGCUGUGGUACAAGUACAUGAGUAAUACUUAUGAACACCUUAGUAAAAAAGAAAGCACAUUACAAGAUGCUGCCUUGUAUUCUGGACAGGUUAUAGUCAUAGAACAAAAGAAUGAAGAUGGAACAUGGCCUAGACAAGCUAAAAGUACAAACAGUUACAACAGUGGUUCAUAUACUUCUACAAGGUCCAGUUCCAGUGGCUAUGAUUCUGGUUAUGGUGGUUCAUCCUAUGGUUACUAUGGAUAUGACCAAGGCAGGGGUGGCAGUGUAGCACCCGGACUUUGUGGUCUGUCUAACUUGGGGAAUACCUGCUUUAUGAAUUCAGCUAUUCAGUGUAUGAGCAAUGUUCCUAAGUUGACAGAGUACCUGUUGAGUGACAGAUGGAUAAGUGAGGUGAAUGAGAGCAAUCCUCUUGGAAUGGGAGGAGAAAUAGCAAAGUCAUAUGCAGAACUGAUCAAGGUCAUGUGGUCUGGAAAGUAUAGUCAUACUGUUCCUCGUAACUUCAAAGUUGCUGUAGGAAGAUUUGCUCCACAGUUUUCUGGAUACCAGCAACAAGACUCGCAAGAAUUGCUGGCUUUUCUACUGGAUGGUCUGCAUGAAGACCUGAACCGAAUCCAUAAAAAACCAUAUAUAGAACAAAAAGAUGCAGAUGAUCGACCAGAUGAGAUGGUAGCCAUGGAAUCCUGGGAAAACUAUAGGAAGAGGAACGAUUCUGUGAUUGUUGACACUUUCCAUGGAUUGUUGAAAUCCACUGUUCAUUGUCCUGAAUGUGAUAAAAUAUCUGUGACUUUUGAUCCUUUUUGUUAUCUUUCUCUACCACUCCCAGUCAAAAAGGAGAGACAAUUGGAAAUAUUCUGGGUUCCACUUAGUCCUGAAAAGAAACCUGUUCAGUUUAAAUUAAUAGUGCCAAAAAUGGGAAGUGUUUUAGACAUGUGUAAAAUAUUGUCUGACAAAGUAGGAGUAGAACAUUCAAAGAUGGCAGUAACAGAUGUUUAUAACCAUAGAUUCCACAAAGUGUUCAAUCCUGAAGAAAGCCUUAGCUAUAUUCUAGACAGGGAUGAUAUAUUUAUAUAUGAAGUACCCGUUUCAACAAAUGAUGAUCCUGACACAGUCAUUGUUCCUAUAUAUAUGAGGGAGAAAAAAAGUAGAAACAGUUACCACAGUGGUUCAUUUCAGCUCUUUGGUCAACCAUUACUGCUGCCAGUAUCUAAGAAAAAUUGUACAUAUGAAUCUUUUUACAACACUUUACUUCACAGAAUAUCACGAUAUGUGAAGAUGCCUGCUGAAGAUGACAAAUGGUGGUUAGUAGAAAAAGAUGGGGAGAUGGUGAAUGGUACAAGUGAAGAUGAGAAAGAUUCUGAUGAGGAGAAGAAAGAUGAUGAUACACAGAUGGAUACAUCAGGUGAUACCAAAGAAAAUCUGCACAAUGGAGAUAUCAAUGGUGAAGUGAAUGGACAUGAUAAAAUUCAAAAGCCAUCCCCUUUAAUGUGUAAAUUUACUUUGGUCAAUUCUUAUGGCAGUACAGAAUUAGGAUAUAAAAUGGCACAAGAUGGACAGCCUCUCAAACUUAGUAAUAGGACUUAUGUAGCUGUAGAUUGGAAUCCGUUAGCCCAGGAAAAGUUUUAUGAUGACAAAGCUGCUGAGGACUUUGAACAAGAUGAAAGUAUUAAUCACAAACCUCAGAAGAAACAAGUUAUUCAACUUGGAGAUUGUUUGGAUUUGUUUACCAAAGAGGAACAACUAGGGGAAAAUGAUUUAUGGUAUUGUCCCAAGUGUAAGAAACAUCAACAAGCAACCAAGAAAUUUGACUUAUGGUCUUUACCAGAUGUUCUAAUCAUUCACCUGAAGAGAUUUUCCUACAACCGAUACUUCCGAGACAAAAUAGAUGUAAUGGUGGAAUGUCCUCCAAGAGGACUAAACAUGAACAAAUAUAUGAUAAACAACAACCAUGGAGCUGCUAAUUAUGACCUGAUAGCUGUAUCGAACCAUUAUGGAGGCCUUGGAGGGGGACAUUACACAGCUUAUGGUAAGAACAAAGAAAACAGUGAAUGGUAUUACUUUGAUGAUUCUAGUGUGUCCUCGUCAUCAGAAGAUGAUGCUGUUUCAAAGGCAGCUUAUGUAGUAGUGUAUCAGAAACAGACUCAGUGUCAGCCUCAUUCUAAGUCAAGUUCUACCACAAUGAAUGGUCAGUGUGAACAGAUGGAAACAUAAUGUUAUCUUAAAACUUAAUUUUCCACAACUGUCAGUUAUAUGACAGGCAGGAAGUAGAAUCUACAAGCUGAUGUGAUAAAGAACUUUUGUAUUUGUUGUUUCAAGACAGUCAUCUAAGAUCAUUCAGAUUUACUUUUUUCUUACUUUUUCAAAGACGAGAGUAAACAUGAAAACAGUGUAACCAAAAAUAUAAUGCAAGGGGAAAUUUGUCUUAAUGUUACCAACCAUGUUUAAUAGUCAUAGAUUUUGUAAAACUUAUUAGGAUAUAGACGAAAUUAUAUAUGAGUUGACAGCUUUUUCUGACAAAUUGGUAUAUUUACAUUAUUGCUUGGAUAUUUUGAAAAGUUCACAACAUUUAUUUUAGCCAAUGUUCAGAUAGAAUAUGUCAUGGAAAUCAAACGGGUAUAUAUACAAUCUGUUGUUUACAUAAAUGGAAUAGUUAGAUUGAAUUACUAUCUAUUAUAAAUAUUAUGGUAUAAAGACACUAUAAAUGACAUGAAAUUCUUAGCUAUGUAUAUGCAACCUGCUACGAAUAAUAUGAAAUGAACAGAAAGUAGAGCUAUCUUCAGUGUUGAUAGCAGAACAUAUGUGACAAAUUUUUAUUCAGACAUACAAUUUAUAGCUCUACAUACAUAUAUACUGAAAAUAUAUACUGGUAUUAAAACAGCCUAGAUUUUGCAUUGACAUUUUAUUUACUAUUUUAAACCAUGUACAUGAAAGUGCUAAACUUUAAAUAAGAUAUAAACCAUUAAAACCACUAACCGUAGUAUAAUGGUUACAUUCAUAUUGUAAAUUUAAAUGUGUAUUUAGCAUGUUGAGGGGAGAAAAUAGCUAGCGUUAUGCAUCUUUGUAUGCUAUGUCACAGUUUAAUGGAUUUUGGUGCCUCCAGUAUAUUUGAAGGAUAUGUAUUUUCAACAAGAUAUUGUAAUAUAAUACAUAAACAUUACCAUUUUCUGUUGAUCUAUAGUUUGUUAGCAUAGUAAUGGCAUCAGCAAUAAGUUAUUUAGAUGUCAAAUUGAUUCAUUUAACUGAGAAAAAGUAUGAAUAGAUUUCUUAUUCAGCUAUUAUUCUCUAUUUAGAGGUCUGCCAUGUGUAUUGUUUAUAGAAAUUACCUGUUUGUUUGCCAAUAGUGUAUGUUUUAAUUAACUAAUGCUGUACAAGUAUAUAUGUAAAAUUCCUGUUUCAUAUAAGAUGCCUCAGUGUAAAUAGAAAAAGGAAUGUUAAGGUGUUAAUACAUUUAUACAUAAUGAUGUGUCCAUAUUUCCACGUCUCUUUAAAAAUAAUUUAAAAAAAAAGAAUUAUUUCAAACAGUAGAGUAAAAUUACAAUUCAGUUUCCUUUUUUGGCAAAGAUUAGAUAUAUACCUUUGAAAAACAAAAUGAAUAUAGAAAUUCCUCAAGGAAGAAGUUUUUGGUCUGUGAAUUUAUAAAUAAACCUUGAAAUAUUUAGUUAUAAUGAUUCAAAAAUAGGCUUUGCCAAGGCCAUCCACCAGUAGAGAAAUCAAUAACUUUUUUCUGUCAUAGUUCAGUGCACAAGAUUGAAGUCUACAGCUUUAUAGACCCAAAAAAUCCAGUUGAUUGUAAUAAGCUGUAUAAAUUCCAAACUUAUGCUGUCCUGUUUUUAUACCACAGUAAACUAUGAUAUAAAGUUGGAAUAUUUUUAUACGACCGCAAAAAAAUUUUGUGGUCGUAUAUUGGUAUGACGUUGGCGUCGUCGUCGUCGUCGUCGUCCGGCGUCGUCGUCCGAAUACAUAUUGGUUUUCGCACUCUAACUUUAGUUUAAGUGAAUGGAUCUUUUUGAAAUUUGACCAUAAGGUUAAAUACCACAAAAGGAAGGUUGGGAUUGAUUUUGGGGGUUAUGGUACCAACAGUUAAGGAAUUAGGGGCCAAAAAUGAGCAUUUUCUAGUUUCCAGACAAUAACUGUGGAACGGUGUAUGGAUCUCUCUGAAAUUAUACUACAAGUUUCCAUACCACAAAGGGAUGGUUAGGAUUUGCUUUGGGGGGUUAUGGCUCAAACCGUUUAGGAAUUAGGGGCAAAAAAGGGGGAAAAACAAGGUUGUCCUGGUUAAUGGACAAAUACUUUAGUACAAAACAUAAUUUAAAGCAGUGUAAGGGAGAUAAAUCAAAUACAUCAUUGAAAUUAUCUCCCUUACACUGCUUUUAAAUUAUGUAUAAAGUAAUGGUUAAUGAACAAUAAAGAUAAUCUAAAACAGUGUAAGGGAGGUAAUCCAAAUACAACGUUUUGGUUACUUCCCUUACACUGCUUUUAAAUUAUGUUUAAAGAAAUGCAUAUUUAUAAAGGAAGACCAGUAAAAAUAUCUGCAAAUGUUUUCAUCUUUUUUUUUUACAAAAAAAUCCAUAUGAAAGAUUUGACACUAUAUUUUUAUUAUUUCUAUUAUAAAAUAGAUUAAGUUAGCACUAUGGUAAAUUUAAAUGGGUAAUUAUGGUUGCCAACUCCAUUGGAAAUUUGAAUUGAGAUUAUGACCAUAUCUUGAGGGAAAGAAUUUUUUUGGGGGAAAAAGGGGGGGGGGAUAAAAAGAAAUUGUGGGGGGCCAAUUUUUUCUCAUUUCAGAUUUCAGAAAUUAAAAAGAAUUAUUCUUCAAAUAUUAUUUUUUUUUCAAAUUUCAAAUAUUGAAAAAUUUCAAGAAGUAAUCUUUAAUUGCACAGUAUGGGCGCAUUAGAUUUGUAAAAUCUUUGAUCACAUUUAUUUAUUUGUUAUGCCGAAUCUAACAGUGUAUUUAGAUUUUUAAUUUUGGGUCCAGUUUUCAAAUUGGUCUACAUUAAUGUCCAAAGGGUCCAAAAUUAAACUUUGUUUGAUUUUAGCAAAAAUUGAAUAUAUGAGGUUCUUUGAUAUGCUGAAUCUAAACAUGUAUUUAGAUUUUUGAUUUUUGGCCCAGUUUUCAAGUUGGUCCAAAUUGGGGUCCAAAAUUAAACUUUGUUUGAUUUCAACAAAAAUUGAAUAUAUGGGGUUCUUUGAUAUGCUGAAUCUAACCAUGUAUUUAGAUUUUUUAUUUGUGGACCCCGUUAUCUAAUUGGUUCAUAUUGAGGUCAAAAGGGUCCAAAAUUAAACUUUGUUUGAUUUCAUCGAAAAUUGAAUUCUUGGGGUUCUUUGAUAUGCUGAAUCUAACCAUGUUUUUAGAUUUUUGAUUAUGGGCCCAGUUUUCAAGUUGGUCCAAGUUGGGGUCCAAAAUUAAACUUUUUUUGAUUUCAACAAAAAUUGAAUAUAUGGGGUUCUUUGAUAUGCUGAAUCUAACCAUGAAUUUAGAGUUUUUAUUUGUGGGCCCCGCUAUCAAAUUGGUUCAUAUUGAGGUCAAAAGGGUCCAAAAUUAAACUUUGUUUGAUUUCAUCAAAAAUUGAAUUAUUGGGGUUCUUUGAUAUUCCAAAUCUAACCGUGUAUUUAGAUUUUUAAUUUUAAGUCCCGUUUUUUAAAUUGGUCUACAUUAAGGUCCAAAGGGUCCAAAAUUAAACUUAGUUUGAUUUUAGCAAAAAUUGAAUUCUUGGGGUUCUUUGAUAUGCUGAAUCUAAACAUGUGUUUAGAUUUUUGAUUAUGGGCCCAGUUUUCAAGUUUGUCCAAGUUGGGGUCCAAAAUUAAACUUUGUUUGAUUUUAACAAAAAUUGAAUAUAUGGGGUUCUUUGAUAUGCUGAAUCUAACCAUGUGUUUUGAUUUUGGACAUUGGACCAUAAUAGGUAAAUUAAAAAAAUUCAAGUUCUUAGACCACAUUCUUUCUGUGUCAGAAACCUAUGCUGUGUCAAAUAUUUAAUAACAAUCCAAAUUCAGAGCUGUAUCAAGCUUGAAUGUUGUGUCCAUACUUGCCCCAACUGUUCAGGGUUCGACCUCUGCGGUCGUAUCAAGCUGCGCCCCAGCGAAGCAUUUUAUUUUUAUUUAGAUACUUAUUGGAAGAACAACAAUUUAUCUUUCUGUUUACUGUUAAAAGCAGGGCACACAAUAUAAAAAUGUAUAAACAAAAAUUCCAACUUAGUUUACACCUUAUUUGUGUACUUAAUUAAGAUUAAUAUUGAAAAAUUAUGUAUAAACAUUGCUUGCUUUGGAAUGGAACAAUGUAAAUUUCAUGGCACAAACUAUUUUAUUGAUUGCUGAACCUUAUAAAAAUUUCAGAAUAAAUCCUAUAUUUGUAUUUCACUAUUAAUUAUAUAUCUAUUCUUUAUAAUUGAAUGACGGGGGUAAAAGCUAUGAUAUUUUUAUCAAUAUUGGUUUUGUAUAAUGUAUAAAUGUUGAAGAAGUUAUGAAUGAUAAUUUAUGAUGUAUGGAUGUGUUUGUAUUACAAUUUUAAUGGUUUUUUUCCUUGCAAGUAAAAGUUUGCAAUAAUUGUCAGACUUGUCCAGUAGUGAAGGCUCUAUGUAUUUCAUUAAAACACAAGUUGAUAAAAACCUGUUUUUUGUAGUAUUAAUUCUGUUCUUAGGCCUUGGACAGUUAUUAAAGUUGUCAUUGUAAAAGGCAUUUUAGCAUCACAUUCUAUGAAGCCAUCCUUUGUUGGAUUAGAGUUGGUGGUAUCUUCCACUGAAAAGAGCUAACUUAUUAUUGUUAAAGCUUGGCAACAACAAUGAAGAGAUAAUGAUUUAAUCUAUCGACACAAGAAAAAGGUGAUAAUCUUAUGUUCUGAUUAGAAAUCUGUUUACAUACAAAUAUGAUGGUUAUAUCUGUACAUCAUUUUGUACACACAUAAAUACCUUUGUUACACCAUAACUUUUUGACAAAAGUAUGGCGAUAACCACAUGUGGUUCAUAAAUACCACAGUAAAAGAUUUAACAUUUAUUUUAUUUGAAAUAAAAUAUCAGUCUGGUCAAGUCUGACAAUACACAGUUUUGUUUUUUUUGUUAGUAAAACCUUUUGUAUUUUACAGUGCUUUCACUCUUCUAUUGACCAAGUAAUGUCUAAAUAAACUUGUACACAGUUUGA